AUGUACGAAGUCUUUCUGUCCACCAUUGUCGCCGACGAGGACAUCAAGGCAACAUGCUCCAUCCUCGCCGGCCUCUGUGCCAUGCCACCCUGGGAGAGCCUCCAUCGCGUCCUCUACUUCAAAGGCCCCUCACGACCCAAUGGCAUCUCAAACCAGAACUCCAUCGUCAAAUCCCAGCGUAAAGAUGUGCCCGGCCUGUGGAAAGACCUUCAUCAGCAGCUGAGUCGCCAGUCCUACGUCAUCCAGGCCCGUUACGAGGUCUUCAAGGACAAGGACUUUGGCACCGAGACGCCUGCCGACUUUGACGCCCGCGCCGGCGUCCUGCGCUGGACCGACUUUCCCGACCCGCCGCACAAGGGUUCUGCCGUCACGCAGCGCAAGAAGAACGAGAUUUGGGAGCAGCGCAACCUGCCCUCCAUCAUGCGCGACAACAAGUACCAGCUCAAAAGCGAGGCCAUCGAGGAGACGUUUCAGUUCUACCGCGACGACGCCGAGUUCUGCCUCUUCCGCCACUACCAGCUGCCCCCGACCCCGGACGGCACGCCCCUCGCCCGCGUCGGCGCCUGGGAGACGGGCUUCACCCCCUCCGAUCCGGCCCGCCGCUGGAUCUUCCUCGUCAAGGUCCACGUCCUGCAGGACAACAAGCCCGACGAGAUCCUCAAGGCCCACGAGCAGCUGGCCAACAUUCGCCGCGACCUCGAGGGCGUCUUUGAGUUCAAGACGUUCGACCGCCGCAUUCACGACACGCGCGUCGCUGUCGAGAUGCGCAACGCCCCGGCUCCGCUGCCGCAGGUCAUCCGGGCGACGUAG